UUAUGUUUCACUCUCUCUUUGGAGAAAGCAAUUAUGUUUCUCUCUCUUUGGGGGAAGCAAUAGUUGGUGCACCUUCCUGUCCUUUUGUAUUUUUGGCUCUUGGCCACAGGAAGAGGUUGCAUUUCCUGGCCAAGGAGGUGGGAGCGGAUGAUGGUGCUGAAUGGAGGGAGGGCAGUGAAAGUCCUUGGGGGGCUUUUGCAAGCACACAAUCAUGGUGAAAUCGUGCUGUGCAAUAAACUGCAACAACAAAUUCACCCUUGGCAACAAUAUCUCAUUCCACAGGUUUCCUCUUGGGAAAAAGGAUCUGUUGAAAAAGUGGGUCUGCAACAUCCGGCGCAAGAACUUCGUUCCGACACGGCACCAUGUCAUCUGCUCUGAACACUUUCGUAGGUCAGAUUACCUCGAAAACGUGGCUUCGGGUAGGCGGUACUUGAAGCCGGAAGCGAUUCCCGUGGUGUUUAAUAUACCCGAACGGCAGAAGAAGAGCGGUAAAAAGAAAAGCUCCGUCCCCUGUCUCAAGCCGUCCGAAUCCCUCCCAAGCGACCCACUGAAAACCAAAGAGAGCGAAAUGGAGGAUCCCUCCCUUGGAAAUGACGUUGUGGGUCUGGAACAUUCCUAUUCCCUCCUUAAAAGUUCAGGACUAGAGCUUCACGUUACCCAGGAAGAAGGCCCAAGUACAGCCAGCCAAAGCCCUCCUCUCCAACAGAUCCCGCCUUUGGGAGAAUGCACGGAAAUAUCAAAGCAACACAUCCCAGCGGAACCCGUAUUCAACACAGAUGCCGAGCGCCAGAAUUUCCGGCGUUUCUGCUAUCAAGAAGCUGUGGGUCCCCGCACAGUGUGCAGCCGCCUUUGGGAACUUUGCCACCAGUGGCUGAAGCCUGGAAAGAACACCAAGCUGCAGAUGCUGGAGUUGGUGAUCCUGGAGCAAUUCUUGGCCAUCCUGCCCCAGGAAAUGCAAAGCUAUGUCAAGGGAAAGGCACCGGUGAAUUGUGACCAUGCUGUGGCCCUGGCGGAGGACUUCCUGAAGGGCCAGCAAGGGCAGGAGGUGCAACAGGUCUUGGCAGAAGCAGUUCCCAAUAUCUCCAUGUCAAAGGAGGGCUCUUCAAAUGCUCUGCAUUCCCCAGUGUUCAUGGGAGUCAUCAGAAGUGGUCCUGGAGUGGCCAACGCAAUGAAAAGUGACCCUGUGAUAGAAACAGUGAGUCAGAUAGAGACCGUUCAGACGGAGGUCCUUGCGUCUGAAGAAGGAAUUAUCCCAGAAGACAUUUCCUCUGUAAUUGAGGUUGUGGAAACAAACAUGUGGCAAAGCGACGACGAAGGGGAACCCAAUGAGACGUCAUGGGAAGAAGGGAAAAGCGUGGGAAGAGACGAAGAAGGGUCGGGAAAUUUGGGAAGAAGAGAGACUCCAGAGAGAAACAAAGCGACUGAAAAGAGAAGGGAGAAAUGGGCAGGUAGUGACUGGAUGCCGGAGAGAGAAGCCAACACUGGACUGGAGACCCCUGAGCCAGAAGAAGGAGCAAUGUUUAGAAAAGUAGGAGGACAUCCUCUUUGUGCUCCCAAGAUGGAAGAGAUGCCCACAACCCUUCAGGGUGCCGAGGGAUCCCAGGAAGCCGUUCAGGGGAAAUCAGCCAAGGAGAAUCCACACAAAUGUGCGCAGUGUGGACAAAGUUUCCAUAAGCGGUCGCAGCUGGUUAUUCACGAGAGGACUCAUGCCGGAGAGAAGCCGUUCACUUGCAAAGAGUGCAGACAGUGUUUUGCUUCCCAUGCAGAUCUUCUCAGCCACGAGGAAAGCCACGCAGGGGAGAAACCGUACCCAUGCUCGGACUGUGGGAAGAGUUUCCGCGAGAAAGCCUACGUCAUCCAACACAAGAGAGUCCACACGGGGGAGAGGCCCUAUGUGUGUUCCGAGUGUGGGAAGAGCUUUUUUCGCCGAGGGUCGCUCAUUUUGCAUGAGAGAAUGCACACCGGAGAGAAGCUGUACAGGUGCCUGGACUGCGGGAAGUGCUUCAACCGGAAGCCGCACCUUGCCGUGCAUAGGAGGAUUCACACAGGAGAGAAGCCUUAUCAGUGCUCGGACUGUGGGAAGAACUUCACCGUCAAGUCCGCUCUCACUGUGCACAUGAGGACUCAUUCCGAAGAGAAGCCUUACCAGUGCUCGGAUUGUGGGAAGAACUUCAGAGAGAAGGCGAGUCUCACCAUCCACAAGCAGAGCCAUACAUCCGAGAAACCGUUCCAGUGCUCCGAGUGCGGGAAGUGUUUCUGCUACAAGGCGUCUUUUCGGCGGCACAAGAAGACUCACGCAGAAGGGACGGGCCUGGCAUCCUACGACUGCCCCGACUGCGGGAAGAGCUUUGGCCGCAAAGAUUACCUCAUCACGCACCGGAGGAUCCACACGGGAGAGAAGCCUUACGUGUGCUCCGUGUGCGGGAAGAGCUUCAAUCACGGAGCAACUCUUGUCACUCAUAAGAGGACCCACACGGGAGAGAAACCCUACGAGUGUUCGGAGUGCGAGAAAAGCUUCAAGCAGAUUUCGGGCCUUAUUACACAUCGAAGAACUCACACGGGGGAGAAACCGUAUGAAUGCGCUGACUGUGGUAAAGGCUUCAUCCUGAAAUCGUAUCUGGAUGUCCAUAAGAGAAUUCACACCGGAGAGAGGCCUUAUCAGUGCUCACACUGCGGGAAGGGCUUCUUGUGUUCCUCUUACCUUUUGAGGCACGAGAAAACCCAUACCGGGGAGCGGACACAUACCUGCUCUGACUGUGGGCAGAGCUUUCAUUGGAAGCGUUCCCUCGACAUGCACAUGAGGAAACACACUGGAGAGCAGCGUCUCCAUGAAUGCACCCUCUGCAGCAAAACCUUCACUUGGUCGUCGGCCUUGAAUGUCCACAUGAAGACGCACACGGGGGAGAAACCGUAUACGUGUCCCCAGUGCGGAAAGACCUUCAGCGGGAAAUGGCUCCUCAUUCAGCACGAAAGGACCCACACGGGCGAAAAACCCUACGAUUGUCCCGAGUGUGGGAAAAGUUUCCAUGCCAAAUCGUCGCUCUUUGCACACAGGCGGACCCACACGGGGGAAAAGCCGCACGAAUGCGCUGAGUGCGGGAAGAGCUACAGCGGGAAAGCCAAUUUCAUGGCGCACAUGAGGACCCAUACUGGAGAAAAGCCCUACGAAUGCUCCGACUGUGGGAAAGCCUUCUGUAAGAAAUACCGCCUUGUGACGCACAGAAGGACCCACACAGGGGAGAAGCCCCACCAGUGCUCCGAGUGUGGCAAAGGGUUCAACUGGAAAGGCGGCCUCAUCAACCACAUGCGGAUUCACACUGGGGAGAAGCCUUAUGCCUGUCCCAAGUGCGGGAAGUGCUUUCAUAAAAAGGACCACCUGGCUCGGCAUGAGAUCAUCCAUACGGGGGAGAAGCCACACGUCUGCUUUGACUGCGGAAAGAGCUUUAACCAGAAAGUUGCCUUGAUAGUCCACAUGAGGACGCAUACGGGAGAGAAGCCGUACAAAUGCUCCCUGUGUGAGAAGAGCUUCCGCUGGAAGAAAUCCCUGAUCACGCACAGUGCUAUUCACACGGGGAGGAAGCGCUAUCAGUGCUCCGAGUGCCCAGAAAGCUUCAGCCGGCGUUCUCAGCUGGAAAAGCACGAAAGGACACACACAGGUUUUGUUGCCGUCGCUUCAGAACUCUCAGAACUCUCUGUGGAAGAAAUCAGCACCGCUGUGAUGAGCUUGGACUGCAGUACAAUCAUUUUGACCACUGCCGUGGCUCCAUCUCGGGUAGAUCAUGUGGGGAACGAGGAGCAGCUCGAUGGCAAAGCAAACCUCCAGAACGAUCUCUCCCACGGUAGUCCUCCCGAUUCCAAACUGAAUGGCGGCCUCCCGCUUGGGCCGCAGCACCUCGGCGAUUUCAAAGAGGGUACUCCGACUCAUGCGGAAAUGCUCAAUCCACUUGGCAUCGUCGUAGGUUUCGCGCACAAAGACCUCCCACCAGUUGGGAUUGGUGGAGGGGGAGACCCACCAGCGUCGUGGCAGAGGCUGGUUAUCCAGCAGUGCCACCAGGGCCGCUCUGUUUCUAGUCCGCCUCCGACGCAGCACGUGGCUCACCGCGUAACGGCUCUCCACGAAGCUCUUUCCGCACUCGGAGCAUUUAUACGGCUUCUCCCCAGUAUGUAUUUUGAGGUGCGACGCCAGAACCAAGCUUUUGCUAUGGAGGAAGGUCUUUCCGCACUCGGGGCACUUGUGCUGUUUUCCUACGGUGUGGAUGAUCUGGUGGGCGACAAGGGUCCGGUUGCAGCUGAAGCUCUUCCCGCAUUUCAUACAUUUGUAGGGAGUCUCUCCGGUUUGAAAAUGCCUCCCACAAAGCAAUUAAGUGGCCAAAGCAAUCCCUCGAAGGCUAAGAGGGAGCGCAAAGUGCUGACACUCAAUGAGAAAAUACAAAUCUUGGAUCUUCUGAGAGACGGCAUGUCGCUGGCUGCCGUGGGCCGAAAAGUCGGGAAGAACGAGUCCAGCAUCCGCACAAUCAAGCAGAAAGAAGCCGAAAUCCGGGCGAGAGUGAGUGCUGCCCCGACCAUGGCCAAAAUGGUCUCCCUGGUCCGUGAUAAAGUGCUUGCGAAGGUCGAGAAAGCGCUAAGUGUGUGGCUGGAGGACAUGGCGCAGAAGCGCAACCCCGUCGACGGCAAAAUCGUGCGCGAGAAAGCACUUUGCCUCUACGAACUCUACCAGGAGGGUGUCGAGGAGAGCGAGAGGAAGGAGUUCAAGGCCAGCAAGGGGUGGCUGGCCAGCUACGUCAAGCGCUAUGGCCUCAAGAACUUAUUGAUCUGCACCCCUGUAUCCGGUUACGAGGGUCAGCCAACGCCAAAGGAAGGGAUGAAGAGAGUUGUAAAAAUGGAAGACCCAGAGCCAACCGGGUCCCAGUUGCGGGAAGGCUUGGAGAGGGUUGGAGAAGGACUCCGCGUCGUCCAAGUGGAGGACAUUGGGGAUUAUUUAAAAGAGGAAGUGGACAAAAGUUUGUCGAAGUAUUGGGAAUCCCAGUGGCAGGAGUUCCUCUGGACAGUGCAGUCUUCCUGCAAUGGAAAUUCGGUCUCCCCUGAUGUUGUGCCACAUGGCAAUGGUCCACUUUGUGCAAGAGAUGGUCGGCAACGAGACAAACAUCAGAGAGUUCGGGCUUCUCCGUGCCUUGAAGAGACUAGUCCAGAGGUCUGCAACACAAAGCAUGGACUAGAUGAAGGCAAUUGCAACAAAGUGGAAAAGGAGGAGGACAUGGGGAGCACCGAGGCAGACCGGCAAUGCUUCCGGCAGUUCGGCUACCGGGAAGCCGAGGGCCCUCGGGAAGCCUUUUGCCGCCUCUGGGAGCUUUGCCACCAGUGGCUGAAGCCCGAAAGGCACACAAAAGAACAGAUUCUGGACCUCCUGAUCUUGGAGCAAUUCCUGUCCAUCCUGCCUGAGGACGUGCAGGCCUGGGUGAAGGAGAACGACCCCGAAACAUGCUCCGAAGCUGUGGUCCUGGCGGAGGAUUUCCUCCUGAAGCAGCAAGCGGAUGAGCCGCAGGCCCAAAUGGUCCCAAUGCCGUUCCAUGUGGCGACGGUGAACCUUCCUGUUGCUGAAAAGGCUCCUGCAGAAAACAAACAGAGGAACACACAGCAGGACCUUGAGGAAGGUGGGAAAGGCCCUACGGAUCGCUCUCCAGGAGCUACAGACAUGUGGGAAUGCAUGCCACAAAAAAGAGCCCGACUCCAGAGCCCAGUGGUAAAUAUUGCCAACCAAGGCCAUGCUAACUGCUUGGAGGCCAAGCCUAUAGAGAACAGGAUUCAGGGAUCUGCUUCCAGCAAAAGAGGCAACCUUCCCAAAACCUCCUGCCUGCAAAGAGCUCAAAAGGCCAAAAGUCACCAAAGCUGCAACUUGUGUGGAAAAGGCUUCAGCUUCAACGCAGCGAGCACCCACCCAGGAGAGAAACCAUACAGAUGCAGUUACUGCCGGAGGAGGUUCAACCAAGCCAAAGUCCUCGUUCAACAUCGAGGGAUUCACACGGGAGUGAAGCCAUACAAGUGUUCAGACUGUGGAAAAAGUUUCCGCCUGAGCCUCCAACUUGUCCGGCACCAAAAGACCUGCUUCGACUUUAUUGGCAUGCUGGCAGAUAUCCGAACAGGAGGAUUUCCCUCACUGAAAAUGACCACAGUCAGCACAGAGGUCCAGACCAAGUCAGAACAAGGGAUUCCGAUGGAAGUGGAAGAGACAACCAGCCUCAAACUGGAGGAAAAAAUUGAGAAUGACCCCCAUGUUUCUGUGGCUGGGAGAGUUGACGACCUUCUGGCAAACACUUCCAACAUGGAGGUGAAAUGUGAACAACCAAAUUAUUUAUGGGCAGAGACCCAUUGGCGGGCAUUCCCAAAGACGUUGGACUGUACCAGCUCCAACAUCACAGACGCUGAAACAAUGGGGUCUUUGUGCCAAAUUGGGGUCCAAAUGUCUCCACCUGCCCUCAAAUCCAAGGCGGAAGAAGACCAGGAGACUCGAACCCAGCUGGGUACCUCUGGAGCAUUUCAAGAGGUCUCCAAAGGCCAGACUCUGCCAGAAGAGGACCACUCCGAGGAUGCGGUGGUCUUGGAGAUCCAGCGCCAGAACUUCCGCCAGUUCCGUUUCCAGGAGGCCGCGGAGCCCCGCGAGGUCUGCAGCCGGCUCUGGUUCCUCGGCUGCCGAUGGCUGAAGCCGGAGAGGCACUCCAAGGAGCAGAUCCUGGAGCUGCUGAUCUUGGAGCAGUUCCUGGCCAUCUUGCCUCCGGAGAUCCAGAACCGGGUGGUGGAGGGUUGCCCGAAGACCUGCGCCCAGGCGGUGGCCCUGGCCGAGGGGCUUCCACAGAAGAAGCAGAGACCUGAGACACAGGAGCAAGGGGUGCUGGUUAAAGAGAGAAACACAACUUUCCCUGAAGCCAAACAGGUUCUAUUGGACUGCGAGCAGAAUCGGACGUUCCCAGAGAGUGAGGCCCGCGUAGCGGAUUCCUUGAGUGAAAACCUUACGUGUACAAAAGAACAGCGAGAAGGAACUGAAGGAGGAGAAGCUCCGAAUGGGAUGGAGACGGGCAUCCCAGAAGAGGUCCCUCCACAGCGUUCCGGUCCAGGAGACUUUUCCAAUGGCUGGCAGGGAUGUAAUGAACUUCAAAGAAGUUCUCUAGAAGGUGACACGACAACAUGUCAAAAUGGGAUCCAGGUGAUGAAGAAGGAAGGUGCGAGUACUGCUGAUGAGAGCAGCUUUCUAGACAACUCGGAGAUCAUUGAGGUCCAAGUGACCCACACUGGCAGCCUGCCCUAUAAGUGCUUGGACUGUGGGAAGAGCUUCAAUUACAGCACCAGCCUCGUCCGGCACCAGAGGAUCCACACCGGAGAGAAGCCGUACAAAUGCUUGGAUUGCGGGAAGUGUUUCUGCCAAAGCUCAGGCCUCUCCAUCCACCAGCGAAUCCACGCAGGGGAGAAAGCCUACCAGUGUUUGGACUGCGGGAAGAGUUUCCGGGUGAAGUCGCACCUCAUCCGGCACUCCAUCAUCCACAAAGGGGAGAAGCCGCACAAGUGCCCGGAGUGCGGGGUGGGAUUCUGCGAAAGGUCGGAGCUUCGCAUCCACCAGAGAAUCCACACGGGAGAGAAACCCUACAGCUGCGCCGACUGCGGGAAGAACUUCUGCCGGAAGGCCGACCUCACCCUCCACCGGAGGAUCCACACGGGAGAGAUGCCGUACACUUGCUUGCAAUGCGGGAAGGGCUUCCGGUGGAGCUCCAACCUCAUCGCGCACCAAAAAACCCACUCGGGGGUCAAGCCUUUCGAGUGCGGCGAGUGCGGGAAGAGCUACUACUCCAACAUGAGCCUCAUCCGCCACCAGAGAGUCCACACGGGCGGCACCCCUUACAUAUGCUCCGACUGCGGGAAGAGCUUCUGCGACAGCACCAGCCUCACCAGGCACCAGAAAAUCCACACUGGGGAGAAACCCUACGUCUGCAUGGAUUGCGGGAAGAGCUUCAACCGGAACUCGAAUCUCAUUUCGCACCAGAGAACUCACACGGGCGUCAAGCCUUUCUUGUGCUCGGACUGUGGCAAGAACUUCAGAUCCAAAUCAGAACUUCACAGACACUACACGGCUCACGUAGGAGAGAAAAGUGACGGAGCUGAUCCGAAGGCUCCUGUAGAUGAGAAAACAGACAUUGAACUUGAAGUUAGGAAUGAAUAAAGAAAGAAGGCAAUCGACACUAGGGAGAUAAUAAGGCACAACAAUGGUUGAUUAAAUAUAAUCUCUAUCAGGCAUGGGCAAACUUUGGCCCUCCAGGUGUUUUGGACUACAACUCCCACAAUUCCUAAUAAUAAUAAUAAAUAGUA